GCAUCCACGGUCUUUGGCCUAAUUAUAACAGUAGUUCAUGGCCAUCAAAUUGCGAUCCCGACAGCAAAUUUGACAGGUCUCAGAUAGAGGAUCUGCUAAGUAGUAUGAAAAAGAAUUGGCCAACACUAUCGUGUCCGAGCAACGAAGGGUUCAAGUUUUGGAAACACGAAUGGGAGAAGCAUGGCACGUGCGCAGAAUCAGUAAUGGACCAACACGAAUACUUUGAGGCUGCUCUUAAACUCAAAGACAAAGCCAAUCUUCUCCAAACUCUCACAAACGCCGAAAUUAACCCGGAUGAUGGAUUCUACGAUCUGAAAAAGAUCACCAAGGCGAUAAAAGAUGGGAUUGGAUUUACGCCAGGACUCCAGUGUAACAAAGAUCGGGAGCGUAAUGACCAGCUAUAUCAGAUCUACAUUUGUGUUGAUACAUCAGGAACUGAGUUUAUCGAAUGUCCUGUUUUGCCUAAAGGAGGAAAAUGUCCAUCUAAACUCCAGUUUGCUAAGUUCUAAUUAUAUAUUUACGCGUUUUAUAUAUGGUUUCUUGUUAUGCAAGGUCUUUAUCUCUUCUGUUGUUAUCUUUUCAAGUG